UAACGUGCACAACCGUGCACUGGUUGGUCAUUACUAUAAACUAUAGCUAUAGCCAUUUUAUAACCUCUAAAACACAUACUUGUUUUGUUUGUAAUCAGUGUAAGAGAGUGAAAUAAUUUUUGUAAUUCGGAAUGUCUGACGAAAGAGAACAAAUAUUAGUCGAGGAGCAAGAUUUAAUUAUUCUCCACAAGAAAGAGAGAAAAGAAUUACAAGCAAGGAUACAAAUUUUAAAAAAGUCUGUUUGUAAAGGGGAUAAAAAAAAAAAGAAAGAAAUCACUGAAGAGAUUGUUAGACUAGAGACGGACCUAGACAAGAAACAGGACGAAGAGAUUGCAAGAUUCAAAUUAUCUCAAAUGAAUAUUGAUAAAACUACUUGUGUCAAAGUUGAAGAUCAAAUUACCAAUGGUGAUAGUGAAUCAUCUCAUUACAAAAACAAUCAAGAUUCAAAGUCAACAGUUAAAGUUUCCAAAGCACAAAAGAGGCGAGAAAAGAAAGAAAUUGCAGAAAAGGAAAGAAAUCAAAAAAUCAUUGAACAGGAAGCUCUAAAUGUUUAUGGCAAAAGAAAUGUUGAAGCACAAGCAAUUAAUAAUAUUUUAUCAAAAAGGGAUUUGAUGAUUUAUGAAAUUCCAAGUGAUGGACAUUGCCUAUACAAUGCUGUUGCACAUCAAUUGAAAUUAAUAGGAAACACACCUUCCCUGAACUUUAUUGAUCUUAGGAAACAAACUGCCAAAUAUCUAAGAGAGCAUAGUGAUAAUUUUCUGUCAUUUAUAGAUAAUCCAGAUUCAGAUGAUAUUAUGUCAAUUGAACAGUAUGAAAAAUACUGUGAUUCAGUUGGAGAAACAAGUGCUUGGGGUGGAGCAGUUGAACUGCAGGUACUAGCAAAUGUUCUCCAAUGUCCUAUUGAAGUUAUUCAAGCUAGUGGUGUUCCUUACAUAGUAGGUGAAGAAUAUGAACAGACAAGAAAACUUAUUCUAACAUAUCAUCGGCAUAUGUACCAACUUGGAGCACAUUAUAAUUCUGUAACAAAAUAUAUAGCAAAUUUAGAAGACAGCUGAUCUAACUGUUAAAUUGAUUCAAAUUAAAAUAAAUUAUAGUUAGCUUAUUACACGGUUGAAAUUGUUCAAAUUUUUUUGUGAUUACUAAAGUUGUAAAGGAUUGUGUUUUAUUAUGCUUUAUGUUAUGAGAAGAUCAUUUUAGAGUAAAUUUUGUUGUGUUAAAGAUUUAUUAUAUAUCAAUAACGUUAAAAAAUCUUAUAAAAUGUCAAAUGUACAU